CGACAUUCGAGCAUCGAGCAACUGUUGUAAAUGAGGUUAGGUUAAAGCUUGUAUUAUAAGGAAAAUUGUCUGGAAUGAUGAUAAGAAAUCUAAGAAGAAUUCCAUUGAAACAAAACUACUUUCUUUUUAUUCAAAGGCAAACUUUUUUAACUAAUGACUAUCAGUGUAAUGGUGCUUGGAGCGCUCAGGUUUCAUCGUCGGUGCUCAGCAAAGUCAAUCUACAUGACUUUUUUAACACCGUGGACCAGAACUAUUCCACCAAAGGCGUUAUUAGCGCCAUAGACGUGGAUGUAUUUGCAAAUUCUGUAAAGGAAUCAGUUUACCUUGACGAACUUAAAGAACUUCUCCACAAGUUGAGAUUGUCUGCAGAAACUGGGAACACUUUAGAGUCUACUCAUCAUGCCACCAUCAGGAAUUACAUCGAGUUUGGCAAUAUUGAAGAUUUGGUAAAAAUAUUGCAGGAUCCUCUUAACUUUGGUGUAUUUCUUGAUGCAUAUACUGCAAACAUAUUGUUAAAUAAGUUAAUAACAGCGCAAAACUAUGAGCAAGCAGCUAAUGUUGCAUCUUUAGUGAUGCUUGAGGAAGACUUUAGCAAUGAAAUUACUUGUACUCUCUGCCAAUAUGCUUGCUACAAGUAUAUCUCUGCAUAUACACCACCGGAGCCUAGUCCUCCACAAGAAAAACCAAAUAAAGUAGAAGAAGUGAAGAUAAGAAUCAAAUAUUUAAGAAAUCCAUAUUUUGAUGAUCACUUUGACAUCAAAGAUACCUUAACAGCCUCUGGAAAAACACUGGCGUGGAUUUCUGAGAAAACCGGUGACAAUCUCAAUAACAAUCUUCAAAUCAUUGGCCUGUUGGUAUAUAAAAAAUAUGAGAAAUUACUUGCUCUGAGUAAAAACCUUAGUAAAUCUUCAUUCAAGACAUAUGUUGAAGUUCUUGAAAUACUUAAAAAGGAAUCUAAAAAUGUUGAGGCAGUAGCAAAAACAACAUUAGAACAGUGUCUUUCUGUUCUAAGCUCAGUUGGAACAGUUGAAACAUCUUUAGAAGACUCCUUGAAGAUUGCUAUUGAAAAUGCUAUCAAUAAGAAUCAAAAUAAGGAUAUAGCUUCCCAGGAACAGCUAUUCAAGUCUUGGGUAGAAAUACGGGAAAAGAAACUUCAAGAACAAAUAAAGCGCCUUGAUAGAGCAAAACGGCUUGAAUUCAUCCAAAAAAGUCAGACACAAAUGGCUGAGGAAGAACAGAAACUGUGGUUCUUUGAAAAUGAAGAAAAUAUUGACCUACAAAUUGAGGAAAAAGAGAAGUUGGAGGAUAAAAGUGUAACUAAAAAGAAAAACUUGGAGAAAUCUGAUGAAAAUUAUAUUCCACCUGAGAUAUUACCAAAACGAAGAUAAUAAGUAUAAUUUAAUUGUUAAUAUUGUAGUAUCUUAAAAAUUACACAUUUUACUUCUAAAAUAUACACUUUUUAAAGAAUAAAGUCCAUACUAUUAACAAUAUUCUUUUUGCAUCCUUUUAAUAUCAAGUUGGAUUUUCUCUAGUGUAUCUUCAGUCCGUUUUGUUUUUUCAGUCUUGAUAUUGUCUUCAAUGUCUACAAUAUCCCUAGCAAAAGUACCAGUGUCAUUAACAAGUGAAACAAUGGUAUUACAUUCUGAAUGUAACAGGGCCAGUAACUUGUAAGCUUUCUUGGCUUGGUCAUCUUUUUUUGCAUCCUGAAAAUUUGUUUUGGAAAUUAUUAAAAUAUGUAUCCUAUAUGAAAACAAUUCAAUAUUGUCAGAAUCAGGAUAGAGGGUGUAUACCAACAAAUCAUAUACCUGCUAAAGUGUAUAAUGUGUGGCUAAUGAGACUUUGAAAACUUAUAUUAAACUUGCUUCUGUUAUUAUCUAUAGCAAUUCUUUUCUCUCCACCAUCCUGAUUCUCAAAUAACUUUGCAUUCUAUAAACAUACCUUAAAAAGUGUUUCAUCAGCAAUUGCAAAACAUCUGUCAAGUUGCCCUUCCAGUGUGUUAAUCUCUUUUUGUAAUUCUCUUGUAUCAUCCAGUAUUUUUUUUAUUUCCAUGUUUUGUUUGUCUACAUUGCUGAUUAUUUCAAGGAUUCUUUUAGUAUAAAUUGACCUAAGAAAAUGAAAAACUAAAUACAUUAUCAAAUCCCAAAAU